AUGGCGCAAAACGUGGUGCUGGUGACGACAAUGGGCGAGAUCACAGUAGAGCUCUACACCGAACACGCGCCAAAAACAUGCCACAACUUCUCCACCUUGGCCAGCAGAGGCUACUACAACACAACCCCCUUCCACCGCAUAAUCCCCUCCUUCAUGAUCCAAGGCGGCGACCCCACCGGCACAGGCCGCGGCGGCGCCUCAAUCUACGGCGACAAGUUCGACGAUGAAUUCCACCCUUCCCUCCGUCAUACGGGUGCAGGUAUCCUGUCCAUGGCAAACGCAGGCCCGAAUACGAAUGGAAGUCAAUUCUUCAUCACCUUGGCGCCGACGCCGUGGUUGGAUGGUAAACAUACGAUUUUUGGUCGUGUCAAGGGGGGUAUGAAGGUUGUGCAGAGGAUGGGAUUGGUCAAGGUGGAUAAGAGUGAUAGACCGGUGGAAGCUGUCAAGAUUUUGAGUGCGAGGGUGGAGAAUGAAUCUAUCUGA